AUUUAAAUGUCGAUUAUGAAUUAGGUAUUGAGAUUCGUGAAUUUAGUUCUGAAUAUGGUUCAGUACAUUUUAUCGGUAAUGAAGAUCUUUCGUACAGUUCUGUGGGAAUGGAUGCAUUUAUGGAUAAGGUAACUAGGGAGCUUAUGGAUGAUCUGAAUAAAGAUAUAGAGUAA